UGCAAGUCAAUUACCUUGAUUGAAUUAGGUAUUCGGUCGACUAGAGCUAUUCUCUUUUUUUACCGAGUUCGUCGUCUUUGAAAACCAACGUACGUGUGUUCUCAGGAUCGUGACAUCUGUGGAUAAUUAUAGAUCAUGUGGAGACUGGUUCGUGUAAGAUAGUCGUUUUACUGCUACGCAAUCAGAAUAACAAGUGAAGGUCUGUUCAACUUCAGACAACAUUAUCCAGGGGCCCCUACGGUUUUUAUAUACCUAAAAGCCCCGUCCAUUGUCCUGCAAUUUCGUCGGCUGAUUACUAUGACACACGUGCGUGAUACGGGCAAAAUCGGAGCAUCCUGUUGAUCCAUUGUAUCCAGAACCAGUAGUGGCUAAAACUUCGGGCCUGCUGUACAUAAAGGAGAACACUGUUGAGCAUUCUUCUGUUUUGACUGAAUUGCCUGUGUUUAAGGAUAUCUUUAAUCAUGGAUUACCGAUUAACAAUAUUGGUGUACAUCGUCCUCUUCGCCCUCGUGUCGGCCUCGCCCGUCCGCGAGAAACGCGACAUCAUGGAGUCCAUGAAGGGUGCUUGGAACGACAUGGUGAAGACGCUGAGCGACGCCAGCGACGCUGUCGUGCACGUCUUCAAGCCCACCGAGCGCAGCGUCAUCAACAAAAUGGCCGACGGGAUUAAAGAUCUUACCAACUAACCAUUUUAAUUUAUUUUUAAGUUAAAAGAUAGUUUGUGAGAAACCGCAGCAAGCUCGGCCGAAUUUCAACUUCGCAUACAAACGGAGUUUCGUUCUCAAUGUGACUACGUGUUGGAUUGUAAUGAAACUUUGCACAUACAAUGACAUGAGGUAUAUCUAUGAUUGUAAUUAGUUUAUGUGCAAAAACUUUAAUUCGCUGAUUUUUUAAACUAAGUUACAUAAACUGUAAUAUACCUUAUCCUAUUGUAGGUACAAAGUUUCAGAGCAAUCUAGCAAGUCGUUUUAAAAUGAAAGCAUAACUACGUCUGUAUGAAGAACCGAGCUUGCUGCAGACUCUUAAACGUUAAUUAUUAAAUUUAAAAAAAAACUUUCGCGCAGUUUUGUCGUGACAUAUUUUGUAAUAGGUAUGCCCAUUAUCUUUGGAAACGAGAUUUCGAAUUGCCCAAAAUUUUAUCGAGAGCUAAUUUUUAAUUGCUCAAUAUAUAUAUUUUUUCGUUUUAUUUCAAGCUAAUAUUAUAAUUAAUAUUCAAUUCAAUGUAUUUAUUCUGUAUACUCGUAAAUGAUAAACAGUUUUGUACGCUCG